AUGAUUGAAACCUGCAGCUCCUCAGAAGAUAAGCUAUCAAUGUUUGUUAUUAUCGUAUCUUUCACAGUUCCAGGAAUGGAAUGCAUCAUUGGCAUUAUUGGGAAUGGCUUCAUUAUGGUUAUAAAUGGGGCUGAGUGGGUUCAGAACAAAAAGUUCUCCCCAAGUGGUAGGAUUUUGUUUUUCCUUAGCUUGUCUAGAAUUGCUCUUCAGAGCUGCAUGAUGAUAGAAAAUUCUGCUGCUUUGAUAUUUCCAUCAUUUUACAAAGAAGAUACUGUCUAUGAGAUAUUCAAAGUCAUUUUCAUGUUCUUGACAUUUUGCAGCCUCUGGUUUGCAACUUGGUUGAGCAUCUUCUACUUUGUAAAGAUUGCCAAUUUCAACCAUCCCCUGUUCCUCCGGCUAAAGUGGAAAAUUGCUGGAAUAAUGCCCUGGCUACUGUGGUCAUCAGUGAUCAUUUCCUUCUGCUACAGCAUCCUUUUCUCCCAACAGGUGUAUAAUACAUCCUGCAUUCACUCAAUACCUAAACCAUUUUCCAACUUCACAAAGAAGAAACACAAAAUCAAUUCCAAUAUGAUUAACUUGGCUAUUAUCUACAAUGUGGGAAUGUUCAUCCCUCUCAUCCUUUUCAUGCUUGCUGCUGUCCUCUUGAUCAUCUCUCUGAAGAAACACAUCUUACAGAUGGAGAGCAAUACCAUAGGCUACAGGAAUCCUAGCAUGGAGGCUCACAUAGGAGCCAUCAAAGCCAUAAGCUCUUUUCUCAUUCUCUACAUUUUCAAUUUUGUUGCUUUGCUCCUCUACAUGUCUAACAUUUUUGAUGAUAACAGUUUCUGGAAUGUAUUCUGCAAAAUCAUUAUGGCUGCCUAUCCCUCUGGUCAUUCAGUAUUAUUAAUCUUGGGCAAUCCCAAACUGAGAAAUAACUGGGGAAGGUUUCAGCACCAGAUCUGUUCUUGCUGUUUCUCACACAACUGGACCCUGUCAGCAAAAUGA